UCGCCGCAGAACAAUACAAUGCUCAAGUUCCAGGUCCACUCUCCGGGCAAGGUCAUUCUCCAUGGGGAACACGCUGUUGUCUACAAUAGGCCCGCCCUGGCAGCUGUGGUUGGGCUGGGCACCAAUCUCCAGUUCCGCCAGGAGGCGGACAGCCAGGUAGCCAGCUUCCAGCUGGAGGCUCUCAACUGCACCCUGGAGAUACAGCUUGCCGACUUUAAUGCGUUUCUCGAAAACUUCCGCAGCAAGUAUCCGGCGGACAGCACGGCCAAGCUGAUGGAGGAGGUGCGAGGGGAAGUUUCCAAGCAACUGGAAAGAGCUGCCGGCAGCACAACAAAGCCUCAUACCCAACGGGCGUUCAUAUCCAUCUACUAUUUGUUGGCGGGAGCUAUACUCUCAUCGCCAAAAGAUCCCAAGCUGACUCUUCAAACCGGUUUCCAGGUGCAGGUAGAAACCGAACUGAACGUGGGCGCCGGGUUGGGUAGUUCUGCUUCAUUUGGAGCCGCCUUGGCAGCCGCUUUUCUAAUCUUGUCCGGUCACUUUGACCAGGAGAGCUACUUGCAGGAGGAAAAUCAGGCUCUUAUCUCGAGCUGGGCCUACGAAUCGGAACGAGUCAAUCAUGGAACACCAUCCGGGCUGGACAACACAGUGUGCACCUACGGCGGCAUGUUGCGCUAUGUGAAAGGACAAGGAUUUCAGUCCCUGCGCAUACAGAAACCGCUCAACAUUCUGCUCGUUGACAGUCGCGUGAGCCGCAGUACGGCAGACAUCGUGGCUAAGGUUCGCCACUUAGCUGAAGGCUUUCCUCAGCUCAUUGAAGCGAUUUGGCAAGCCUGUGAGGAGCUGGUGACGGCAGCUGUCCCACUUUACGAGAGCUUCGGCAAUGCUCAGGACGACAGUGCAAAGUUUGAAAAACUCGAACGCCUCUUCCAAAUUAACAACGAUCUUCUGAAGGCUAUUGGUGUGUCGCACCCCAAACUGGAACAAAUAUUCACCAUUGCGUUUAAGAGAGGCUUCUUCUCGAAGCUAACAGGCGCCGGAGCUGGUGGCUAUGCAAUUGUCCUGCUGCCAGAGAACUACGAUUGCAACGAAGUGUACUGGAAGCUUAAGGAGGAACUGGAGUCGGCGGGUUUUGGCGUUCAUGUGACGACAGCUGGCGGCGUUGGAUUACGUGUUAGCUCUUUGGAUGAUUGAUCCAACACUUGCUCCAUUUUGUAUUGCUAUUGUUUGUAUUCGUGGUUUUGUUAUGACUUAAAAAUAAAGAUUUGCAUUUGUAUUUUGUACGGCCAAAAACUA